AUGGGGCUCCCAGGAAUCAGCCUCGGGGCCUUCCGCGAAUAUUUAUUUGGAUACUGUAUCUGUACGGCAGGUUUGUUGUUCGCAUAUGACACUGGAGUUGUUGGCGGUAUUCUCGAGUUCAAAUCCCAUGUCGAUGAUUUUAGCUAUAAAGACCAGACAACCGUCAAUGCAGUGAUGGUAAGCUUGCAGAGUGUCGGCGCAUUCCUAUCGGCCUUGGGCAUCUUCUAG